GUCAGCAGUUCAAUUCAAAAUUGUUUUCUUGAGUCUAGUGAAUUUAAAAUGCCAAACAGUCGUUGUUAAGAAGUGAUUGUGGCCUCACACGCUCAACUCCAGCUCAGCGCUCAAGUACGGUGGCGAAAUCAUAAAAUAAACUAAUCAACCAGCCAUCAAAUUAAACGCCUAUAAACGCUUGUUAUAUUUUCAAUCUAUAAGCUGCAACACGCAGCCUAACCGAUUUGUUGAAAAAGAAGAAAAAACCUUAACUAAAACUCGAAAGUAAUAGACUUUGUGUAAUUCCGCGUUCGCUCGAUUGGAAAAAAUCUGCUAUUAACGCUUUUUAAUUACCGUUAAAACACCACAUACACAACAAACAACAACAAACUAAUAUGAAACUCUUCAACAUUACACUUUUGCUGGCAGUUCUUGCAUUGGCUUGCUGCCUUUCGAUCACAUACGCGCAGGAAGAGGGAUCUACCGGACUCAAGCGGCCUGCACUACGACGUCCAGUCGGUGGUAAGGCGGCGAAGACCACAACAACACCAGCACCACCACAAGACGAUGAAGGCGAUUACGGCGAUGAGGAUCCAAAUCCAGAGGGUGAGGAAGGUGAUGAGGAUGGCGCAGCUGCAAGCAGCACGACAACCACAACGGAGGCACCCAAGAAGGUGAUAGGUCCAGUCAUAAGGCCAUUCCGCUCAAACGAUGACUUCUUGAAUUCACUAAAACGUCGCCAGCAAGACGCUAAGAAACACAGAUCUGUUGAGAAGCCAACACCAAAGAGCAAACCAGCGUACGCUAACGAAGAGGAAGGUGAUGAGGGUGCCGAAUCCGCGCCAGCACCAGCGAAAGGCUUCAAGGCUGCCAAUCCAGCUCUGAAUCGUCGUAAGUUGGCGAAACCCGGCAAACCCGAACCCCCAGCGCCUGCUGAUGAUGCUGCAGCUGAAGAAUCCGAGCAAGAGCCAAAAGAACAAGCGAGACGCCUGCCGCACGCCCGUCUGGCUUUGAGGAAGCGCAACUAAGGCGCACAAACGCACAAGGAAAUGAGCCAAUUUCUUUGAAAAAUAAUUUCUGCUCCUAUCAUUUUGAUAACUUUUUCUUUAAGUUUGUUUCAAUGAAAAAUGCAAUAGCUUAUCUCUACUAUAUAGAGCUCCAGUUUAUCUCGGCUCAACAUAGUACUUAAUUUCCAAGCAAUUUGUAACUAUACUACAUUUUGGUUUUCUUCCUUAAAAGCUGUUAUUUUUUUAUUAGCUUUAAGUUAUUUUAUUUUUUUAAUUUUUUCACUUAUUUGUUUCCGUUUUGGAUAAAUAAUUAUCCUCAGAGCUCUUAGGCUUCUUUAAAUGUGUUAUAAUUAUUAUUUUAUAU